AUGCUUCCGUUGUAUCUUCUAAACGCUGUUAAAGGCGAAAGUAUCGUUGUGGAACUCAAGAGUGGGGGGAUAGUCAAUGGUACCCUUGAAAAUUGCGAUAACUACAUGAACGUGACAUUAACUGAUGCUUGCGUUUCCUUAGUCGAGGAUGAACCUUUCCACAAAAUUAAACAUAUUUACCUUAGGGGUACCAAUAUCAAAUUAUUCAAAAUGGGGAAUGAGUUUAUUGAAAAGUUUAAAGAACAACAACAAAGAGAAAAAGAGAAUCAUAAUCGUGGUAAUAAUAAUAGGCAAUUCAACAAUAACAGGCAAUACAACAAUAACAGAAGAAAUAGAAGGAGAAAUAACGAUGGUGGUAACUGGUGA